GUCUCACUUUUCCAAAGGUGGUAAAGACUGAAGAUUAAACCAACGGACAGAGGAGACACACUGCUGGGGAAAGAGCGUCAUAUCAGCAUGUUGCUAGGGGGAAAACCAGCUUGGUCAGUGGAGAUGUUGGCGGUGCUGUUGGUACUGACGUUGGUCCCCACUCUGAGUGAUGGGCUCUUGCUAAAGAAGUGUGAUCUGAAAUCACAGCUUGAGAAAGCAUUAUCUGAUCUUCAAGGAAAGAAUAAUGAGGAAAUGAUUGCUAAAUUGGUUUGCACACUAGAACACAUUUCUGGGUUCAAUACAAGUCUUGUUACCAUCACUGAUCAAUUCAGCAACAGACCUUUUCUACAUGGCAAUUAUGAAGAGCACUCUUCCGAAAUUUCUGACCAAGACACAGAACUCCCUGAAGAUUAUAAUGGUCAACACAAGAAGCGAAGGAACGCCCCAUCUAUGGAUGGAGGGGAUGGCUCUGGCGAAGCAUCAAUUGAUCAAUCUGCGGAGAACACAGAGGCAGAUCAUGGUCCAACAGAUUUACCACCUGGCACAACAGAGGAGCCUAGUAUAUAUUACGAUACCUUUGAAAUGCUAUUUGGAUUCACAACUUCACCACCUGAGACAACCACAACUUUACCACCUGAGGAGCCUACAGAUCCUAUAUAUUAUGAUGACUUUGAAACGAUAUUUGGAUUUACAACUCCACCACCUGACACAUCAGAGGAACAUGCUGAUUAUUAUGAUGAGCAAGGAAGGAAACGGAGGGAUGCCCCAUCUAUGGAUGGAGGGGAUGGCUCUGGCGAAGCAUCAAUUGAUCAAUCUGCGGAGAACACAGAGGCAGAUCAUGGUCCAACAGAUUUACCACCUGGCACAACAGAGGAGCCUAGUAUAUAUUACGAUACCUUUGAAAUGCUAUUUGGAUUCACAACUUCACCACCUGAGACAACCACAACUUUACCACCUGAGGAGCCUAUAUAUUAUGAUGACUUUGAAACAAUAUUUGGAUUUACAACUCCACCACCUGACGUAUCAGAGGAGCAUGCUGAUUAUUAUGAUAAAUUUACCACCUGGCACAACAGAGGAGCCUAG